AAAAAUCGAUAUUUAUCCCAUCCGAUUGAUCAAAGGUCAGGUUUGCAUCAGCGAAAAGAAAAACUGUUAAUCGUUGCAACUAGAAAGCUGUGGAGGCUCAAAGAUAUCAAAGAAAGAUUUCUGUGCUAUCCACCUUUUCAUUUCAUAUUUAGAAAGCUUAUUUUGGAUCGUGAUACCAGAUAGUUUGAACGAUGCAACUGUGAUGUGAUGGAUUUAGUGAUGGCGUUUGGCUUGUAUAACGAUAUAUGUGACGAUAUUAACUUUACAUGCCGCAAACGGUCAGUUUUACACAAAUUACUGUCAAGACAUUGAUAUUUUAGAUAUCGCUGUUCUUUGCAGACGCCAACAUCUAAUGGAGCAAAGCAGUAUUUUCAUUAGUUGAAUUGCAUGUCGGGGGUCCUACACACGACUCGCAUGGCAUCGCUGCGAUUAUCUCUUAGACCAGUUUUUGUUUCCAGUCAACACCAGUGGAGGAGAAUUUAUUAUCAAACACACAAGAUCAAUAGUCAUUGCUGUCGCUCCUUUCAUCGGAGGCCUAGCCAGUACUCAAUGGCAUGCCAAAGACCGAGACUUAGAACAGCCGAUUUCGUUGCAGAGCAAGGUGAAGUUUUGUCAACAACGUCGAGGUGGGAAAAUGCAAGGACAUUCAAAAUGGGAACUUUUAAUUUGUUGGCUCCUUGCUACAAAACCAUAGCUCCUGGAAGUUGGAAGACAUGGUGGGGUGGGCAAAAAGAAAGUGCUCAUCCUGAUCAAUUUUUGUCAAGAUAUGAAGAAAUUUUUAAGAUUUUUGAAGCACUGCCUGCAUUUGAUUUCCUCUGUCUGCAAGAGUUUUGGUUUGAUUGUGGCAUAGCUGAGCUUUUCGAGAAAAGAAUUGGAGACAGGUAUUACAUCUUGAAACAUAGGCGUCCAACUAGGCAUGAUGGUGUAGCUCUGCUAGUCAGUAGAAAUUUCAGGAUAAAGGAUGUUGAAUAUAUAAAGUAUAAUGACAUUGGUAUGCGCGUGGCACUACUAGCUCAUGUUGUGGAUCCCGAUACCAAUCAAGAAGCUGUUAUAGUCACUACACAUUUAACCUAUUUGGCAAAUUACCUAGAUCAGUUCACAAGAAUGACACAAGCCAAAAAGCUGGUUGAAGCAAUUGAGUCGUAUAUGCAAGGAUUACACGGCAAAGAUAUCCCAGUGUUUUUGGCAGGAGACUUCAAUGGCAGCCCAUCUGGACCGAUAUACAAGUUCUUUUCAGAGCAUGGUUUCCGGUCAUCAUAUUUCAACUACCAUGGACGUGAACCACUGAUAACACACCUAGAUCAUAAUUCUUCCGUACUAGCUGUUGAUUACAUUUUCUACAGAAUGCCUGAAGAACUGCAAUGCAAGGUCGAUGAUGCAUACCUGGUUCCAAGGGACCGUUCGGAUACGGAAUGGCCCAGUGAUUUCACCGCGUCAGAUCAUAGACUUGUUUUUUCUGAAAUUUCAGUAUCUGAAAGAUUCUCUUGAAUCUAUUGAGAUUCCAAAAAACCACAUUUGUAAAAGAAAAUGGAGUUAUCGUUUUGAAAAGAAACAAUAGAAAGUAAAGGAAUAUAAUAAAUAUAGGUCUAUUAUAACGAUUGUUUGAGAUUGCCGUUUGUAAAUAAACAUUUUUCAAUAU